GGUGCGGAGCUGAUGAGAGCGGCUGCUCCCGCGCUGCCCCAGCUCCGGCCGGGCUCAGGUUCCCCUUUGUGCUCGGAAGGAGCCCCUGAAACUUUAAUGAAGCCACCGGAUCGCCGGGGCGGCGCGGGGGUGCCCUGCUCCCCACAGCACCCGCCGGCUCCCAGCCCCGCAGAGCCCCUCACCAUGGCCCAGGGCUUCUGGCAGCUCUACAAGGCCAAAGUGCUGCGGACCCUGGGGGAGGCUCGGGCAGACGGGGAGCUGCAGGAGGAGGGGGACCAGCCUGAGCUGGUGGAGAUGGCUGAACCUCCCGUGCUGAUGGAGGAGGGCCCCAGCCCCGUGUCCCAGCUAGCGAGGAAGGUGCAGGGGGUGGGUGCUCAGGGCUGGCGGACACUUUCAUCCCUCUUCACCCGCGAGGACGAGCACCAACUGCUCAGCCCCGAGCUCUGCGCAGACCACCCGCUGGCCGCCUCGCCCCCGGAGCCGCCCCCCUCUGAGAAGGCUUCCAGCUUUUGGGGUCUCUUUGCCACCAAGUGGCAGCAGGCACCGGGGCUGGACAAGGAGGUGUCCCCCCCGGAGCUGGCCGAGAGCCCCGCCGAGCCACCAGGUGACGAUGGCAGCGACCUGCGGGACCCGGAGGAAGGAGCCUUCCGCUGGGGCUUCCUGGCGGGCAAACUGGCCGAGAUCCGGAAUAAAACCGCUCCCAAGGGCAAGUAGA